UGUCAAACAACGGUCAACUUACAAGCAACCGCUUCACAACAUCCUGAAAUCAUUGGGCGGCGCUUUGCGGAGGAACCAAACACUGCUUGCAUAUUUAUCCGUCAGCUUAAGAGGAGCCGGAUACUCGACUCGUUCAACGACAGGAUUCAUCCCCCCUCACAUCUACGCCAACCCGCCCGUGGUAGUUACAAGAUCUUGUUCUUCCUGCCGCCCUCUCCCGCCUUUCCCACCAAAUACGGAGUCCCAAUCGCCUAGCACCACCAACAUGGCUGACGUCGGAGCUUGGGGAGCCUGGCAGGUUGAGCCCUCGGCCUUUACCAAGGUCGUUGUGGAGUCGAUGCAGAAGCUGUAUCCCGAGGAGCUGGCCGACAAGAAGUGGGAUAACGUUGGUUUGCUGGUGGGCAAUUCGGACACUGAUUCUCAAAAGAAGAAACCCAGAGUCCUAGUAACCAACGACCUGACCUUCCAGGUCGCCGUUGAUGCUAUUGGCCAGGGCGCCAGCGUUAUUGUCAGCUACCACCCCUUCAUUUUCAGCGGCCUCAAGUCCAUCACCAACAAGGACCCUCAGCAAGCUACUCUUUUGCACCUCGCAAAGGCUGGCAUCGCUGUCUACUGCCCUCACACGGCUGUCGACGCCGCCCCCGACGGCCUCAACACGUGGCUCGCUGACAUCGUCUCCGGCCCGCACAAGAGCGAGCGUUCUGUCGCCAUUCCCUGCAGCACCGCGCCACCCUCGCACUCCCCCGCCGGCUACGGUGCCAUCGGACACUUCGACCAGGCCGUGUCCCUGCGCGAGGUUAUUCUGCGCCUGGCCGACAAGCUCGGCGGUCUGCGCCAUGUCAUGAUUGCCAGCCCAGUUGGCUCCGAUGUCAAGACGACCAAGGUCAAGAGCUUCGGCGUGUGUGCCGGCAGCGGCUACGACGUUCUCAAAAACGCCGACGUCGACCUCAUCGUCACCGGCGAGACGAGCCACCACUCGGCGCUGCGUGCCAUCCAGCAGGGCCGCACGCUCGUGCAGGUCUUCCACAGCAACUCGGAGCGCGGCUACCUCAAGGACGUGCUGAAGCCUAAGCUGGAGGAGCAGCUGAGGGCAAGUGUGCCUGAUGCGGAGGUGCUGUUGAGCGAGUAUGACAAGGACCCGUUUACCAUCUUGGAUGUGCAGGAAUUGUAGUGUUGUACAAGCAACGAGAUUGGCGUGAGGAGUAGUCGUGGAGCGACGUAUCUUGGUGUAGAGGCCAAAUUCUGGAGUUGAGGUUGGAUUUCCUGCAUCAUAGACAGGGAGCAAAAGGAGAGCAAAAGGAGAGCAAAAGGAGAGCA